AUUUUCUGUGUGGUCUAAGAAGUAACUUUUUAGAGCUGAGAAAAGCUGUUUAAUGUAUGUUAUUCUAGUUGGACAGAUAUUUUGUGUUGAUAUGAAAGCCUGUGGAUAAAUAAACAAGAGCUUUACAAGAUCUGGGCAAGAUGAGGCAGAACAUGUUUCAGGAGGGGCUGUACCAUGUUUUUUUUAAGGAUACACCCUCACCACACCCCCAAACUCAGGUUACUAAUAACGGGGAGCUAAGCAAUGCCAGGAUUCAUCGUUGGUUCGGGACUGUGGUUAAUACUAGACUUUUAGUCAGUGGGGUGGUUCAAAUCCUCAGCGCCUUAGCUUGCAUACUAACCACAAUCACCCAUGCGUGUGUGAGCUACAGCUGUGCUGUCUCCAUGACAGUACCAGCAUGGUCAAGCAUAUUUUAUGUGGCUGCUGGAUGUAUGGCAAUGGAGGCUCAAAGAAAAGCAAAUAAAUUGAAGAUCAUCGCUCUGAUGGGCGUGAACGUCUUUAGUCUUGUGUUUGGAUUCUCGGCUUUGCUGGCCAACGGUAUCAGAUCUGUACAAGCUGUCACACUCACCUACCAACAGCGUUCUGGUUCUUAUGUUGCAAGGGCAAGCUCCAUAGUGUUCACUGUACAUUGUUUCUUUGCAUCAUUCUACAUACUUUUCCUGUCCUGGAGGGGCCUGCGUCGCUACAGUUCCCCCCACUUUCAGGUUUACAGCCGUGUCUCACAGGAUCUGGAUGAAACCAACGGGCCUCUCCUGGAACAAGCGGAAUUUAAUCUGUGAAACUAAAAGACCUGAAAUCUCUUUCUCAGAUUUCCCAUGCUUGCACAUUGUCUGCAAACUUAGUUACUGUUAUUAAAUUGCAAUCCUAACAGUGCUGCAGAUGUGAUAGACAGGAGCCUAUCCUCCAGACAACCAUUCAUUCUCAAACUCACACCCAGGGCCAAUUUUGAAACAUCAGUUAAUCUAACAUGCAUGUCUUUGGACAGUGAGAGGAAGCUGGAUUAUGCGGAGAGAGCCCACAUAGCUCCACACAGACUUCAUCCACACAGCGAAAGACUCCAAUUGGUCUGCGGAUUCAUACUCAUAUAGUAAACAUUUCCAUGUAAAUUUGUCAAUAAAAACUAGCUUUAAAAAAAUUAAGAAACUUUAAUGGUUAAAACUGUUGUCAUAUUGUUUUGAUUUUCUUUGAUUACUCAGAUGUUAUUCUGCUGAGGACAGUAGAGGGCAGCAUUGCCACAGAUUUUUCCAGUCCAGUGGGAUAUUCUGAUCUACUGCAGUAGUUUAGUGUAAAACUGGUACUAAUACAUUUUAGUUUAUAAUUUAAGUUUUCAGACAUUAAUAUUGGCAGGACUCUGGAUACCAACUUGUUGAAUGAGAAGACACAGUGAUCUAAUGAAUGAGCAACACGUUCUCUAAUUGUAACCCAGCCAUCGCUGACUGUAAAUA